AUGCAAACAAAUAGCUGUGGGAGUUCCAACGACAAGGCACCCUUGCCUUGUGCUUUCCAGGAGCCAAUGGCAGCACCCAGACACAUGCAAGAUGGAUCGUCAGCAGUAGCUGAGCAGCUGGAAACAAUUGAUUUGAGUGAGGAUCCCUCUGCCCCGAGGCCCAUUUCCAUAAGUGUUCAUUUAACAAAUGAGGAGAGGGCGGCCUUGAUAUCUUUGCUAAAGGAAUUUCGAGAUGUGUUCGCUUGGAGCUAUGAGGAAAUGCCUGGUCUGAACCCAAGCUUAGUAAGUCAUACUCUGAAUAUUGAGCUUGGUACAAAACCUGUCGUGCAGGCAAGAAGGAAUUUUCAUCCUGAAGUUGAGAAGCAAAUCAAGGUAGAAAUUGAAAAGUUGUUAGCUGCCGGAUUUAUUAAACCAAUCAAGCAUCCUACGUGGCUAGCAAAUAUUGUCCCUGUGAAGAAGAAAACCGGUGUGAUCAGAAUAUGCACGGAUUAUCGAGAUCUCAACCGAGCUUGCCCAAAGGAUGAGUUCCCGCUGCCAAACAUGGAUAUCUUAAUUGAUUCGACCUCGGGUCAAGGCUUGUUGUCAUUCAUGGAUGGGUUUAGUGGCUACAAUCAGAUCAAGAUGUCUCCCAAGGAUGCUGAAAAGACAGCCUUUCGAACACCGUAUGGGAAUUUUUAUUAUACGGUCAUGCCAUUCGGCCUCAAAAAUGCUGGCGCCACCUACCAAAGAGCUAUGACAGCGGUGUUUCACGACAUGAUGGGAAAAGAAGUUGAAGAUUAUGUGGAUGACCUUGUGGUGAAGUCCAAAACCAGAGAAGGCCAUCAAGAAGUUUUAAGAAGAGUGCUGGAAAGGUGUCGGCUGUACAGUUUGAAGAUGAAUCCAAAGAAGUGUGCGUUCGGGGUUUCAUCUGGUAAAUUCUUGGGGUUUCAAGUACACCAGCGUGGCAUAGAUGUGGAUCCAGAAAAGACUAAAGCCAUAAAUUCUCUUGCACCGCCUAAAAGCCCAAAAGAAUUGAAAAGCUUUAUGGGAAGAUUAUCGUAUAUUCGGCGCUUUAUCCCAGGUCUUGCUGCCACCAUGAGUGCUUUUACUCCAUUGCUCAAGAAAGGCAAGAGGUAUGAAUGGAGUGAGAAGUGCCAAGAAGCUUACAAGAAGGUGCAACAAAUAAUCGCCAAGCUGCCCACUAUGAAAGCACCUAUUCCGGGGCUGCCUCUCAAGCUUUAUUUGGCUGCAACAAACACAGCGGUUGGGGCCUUACUUGCUCAAGAUGAUCAUAGUGGGGAAGAAAGUCCUAUUUAUUACGUAAGUAGGCAACUAAGGGGGUCUGAAGUAAGAUAUCCGAAAACUGAACUUUUGUGCCUUGCUCUUGUCUAUGCUGCACAGCGCUUGCGGCAUUACUUCCUUGCUCACAAGCUACAUCUCAUGGUGAAGUCUGAUCCCGUAAGAUAUUUGCUUACAAGGCCAAUAUUAUCCGGGCGCCUUGCACGUUGGUUGCUACAGCUGUCCGAGUUCGAUAUCACCUGCACCACUCCAAAAGCCAUCAAAGGGCAGGCUGUUAUUGACAUGUUGGCUCUAUUUCCCGAAGUUGAAGAAUCAACAAUCUCUAAGGAAGUUCUGGGGGAGCUGCCGGAAAUGGUUGCUGUUGUCACGGAGGCAGAACCAUGGACCCUCUACUUCGAUGGGUCUUCUACAUCAAAGAGUGGAGGGGCAGGUGUGGUGCUUGUCAAUCCCGAGGGGCAAGCUACGGCCCUCUCGUUUAAGCUAAAUUUCCCAUGCACGAAUAAUACGGCAGAGUACGAAGCUUUUAUUGCAGGGAUGUCUACAGCAAGGGAAAUGGGUGUCGAAAAGAAUUAA